CAAGCAGUGGAAAGUUCUCCAGCAGCCCUGAGAUCGCAAGAGUGACAUUUGUGAGACCAGCUAAUUUGAUUAAAAUUCUCUUGGAAUCAGCUUUGCUAGUAUCAUACCUGUACCAGAUUUCAUCAUGGGAAACAGCUGUUACAACAUAGUAGCCACUCUGUUGCUGGUCCUGAACUUUGAGAGGACAAGAUCCUUGCAGGAUCUGUGUAGUAACUGCCCAGCUGGUACAUUCUGUGAUAAUAACAGGAGUCAGAUUUGCAGUCCCUGUCCUCCAAAUAGUUUCUCCAGCGCAGGUGGACAAAGGACCUGUGACAUAUGCAGGCAGUGUAAAGGUGUUUUCAAGACCAGGAAGGAGUGUUCCUCCACCAGCAAUGCAGAGUGUGACUGCAUUUCAGGAUAUCACUGCCUGGGGGCAGAAUGCAGCAUGUGUGAACAGGAUUGUAAACAAGGUCAAGAAUUGACAAAAAAAGGUUGUAAAGACUGUUGCUUUGGGACAUUUAAUGACCAGAAACGUGGCAUCUGUCGACCCUGGACAAACUGUUCUUUGGAUGGAAAGUCUGUGCUUGUGAAUGGGACGAAGGAGAGGGACGUGGUCUGCGGACCAUCUCCAGCCGACCUCUCUCCAGGAGCAUCCUCUGCGACCCCGCCUGCCCCUGCGAGAGAGCCAGGACACUCUCCGCAGAUCAUCUUCUUUCUUGCGCUGACUUCGACUGUGGUACUCUUCCUGCUGUUCUUCCUCGUGCUCCGUUUCUCUGUUGUUAAACGGAGCAGAAAGAAACUCCUGUAUAUAUUCAAACAACCAUUUAUGAGACCGGUACAAACCACUCAAGAGGAAGAUGGAUGUAGCUGCCGAUUUCCAGAAGAAGAAGAAGGAGGAUGUGAACUGUGAAAUGGAAGUCGAUAGGGCUGUUGGGACUUCCUUGAAAAGAAGCAAGGAGAUAUGAGUCAUCUCACUAUCACAGCUUUCAAAAUCAAGAACACCAUCCUACAAAUACCCAGGAUUCCCCCAACACAUGUUCUUUCCUCAGUGCCAAUGAGUUGGCCUUUAAAAACAC